UCGGCGCGUAGCGCGACGAAGCAGUCGCCAGGGAUAAUCCGGGACGGUCUAAUCGUACCUCAAACGUGCACGAUUCACCACCAAAAGAUCACCCCCGGGUUAAUAACCACCGUGAACAAUAAUCCUCCACCAAAUUCCCGCGAAUUGCCACGAGACCCAGAGAUACUCAAAAAGUCCCUGGAUCGCCGUCUAUUAUGGAAGAUGACGACGGAGAGGGUUCAAAUACAGAGUCCCAAGUGCUAACAGACAGUGAAUCAUUAAAAAUUCAUCGCAAUUUUUCACCGUCAUUCUACGAUGAGAAAGAGGAAGAAGAGAAAGGUGUAGAAUGUGACGAUGAUGAUGAUGAAGAGGAAGAGGAAAUAUAUCCGGAGAAUUUUCCAACGCGUUUGCCAAAUCCAGUGUCUCAUCCAGUAUUUAAGGGCUUUAAGAAGCGAAUUCUGGAGAGUCCAGAGCCAUCGUCGGAGCCACCGAGUGAUGAUUCGAGGGGUCAUAACUCGAGGAGAGGAAAAAUAACGGAGUACGCUCAGUAUUUGGGUUUACAGCCAGCAGCUAAGUACACUAAAUGCUCAAAAUGCACGAAUCAUCGAAAUCAGGGGAGAGACGAGUGUUCGUGUCAGGCACCGGUGUCAUUAACAAUACCCGAGACCCCACCAGCCCCACCACCCAGUGAAAAUAUCCCCAGUACCUCCAAAUUAGCGAAUAAUUUCCGAAUAACGAGAAAAGUGUAUCUCUGCGCAGCUUGUGGAACUUACUUUGAGAAUUGGAAUUUAUUUCUCCACAUGAGGGAAAUACACAAGCGUCACAUCUGCCUAUUCUGCUUGGGUAUGUUUGGACAGGCUGAGAGACUGUCCCAUCAUCUCGAGAACAAGCACAAUGUCACUGAAACACCAUUUACAUCUGUUGAGGAUUUUUAUAAUGCCUUCAAGGGCUCGUGCUAUCUCAUAUGCUGCUCAUGUGAAAAAGUAUUCUCGGAGACAGAUAAUUUUUACAAUCAUUAUUGUCCAUCGCCGAGUGAGGAUACGUCACUGGAGGAGGAGGAGGUGUGUUCUGUUUGUCGACAGAGUGGUCAGCACACACCGGGAUGUCAACGACAGGUGGAAAAUACUCCUGUCAAGACUGGGGGGAAGAGCACCAAGGGAAUUAUCCCCAGGACUAAGAACAAUCGAAUUAAGAGGAGUGAGAAACACAUGCUGACGUCCUAUCAGAAAAAACUAACUCAACUCUACGAGAGGAAGAUGACCAUGAGGACAGAGAGGAUGUCUCGGGACUCGGCCCCCAGUGAAUCGAAAAUUCCCAGUGAUUGUUGUACUCCAGAGGUGGCCCAGAGCGUUGAGAAACCUGUGGAGGAGAAUUUACCGAAGGACACUGUCUCUGAGACCAUCAGUGAGGUUUCCACGGCUAUUGAGGAGACUGCCGAGACCUUGAGGCCUUCUCCAGAGGUUGCUGUUGUGUCUGGAGAUAAAUUAGAGGAUGCUGAUGGUGAUAAUCGAGGGGACACUAGGACCAGUCGGGACACCGUGACGGAGACGAUAAUGAGGGUCUCGAGGCUUGAUAAUUCUGACAGUUCUGAGCAAUUGGGUGUGGAGAACGUGAGUGAAUGUGAGAGAUUGACAGAGCAAGUGGUUGAGGAUUAUAAUGAGGCUGAGGCACCACAGGACAACGACAAGAGAGAGGACUCAUCCUCGGAGGCUGACGACUACAAUUACGAUGAGAGUUUGAAGAAGCUGGAGUCAACCCCAAUGUCAGUCAGCCGAGUUAAUAGGACCAAAGGUAGUCUGGUGAUUAAAAUUUGUACAAAUAAAAAUUCCUACUCUGUGAGCACUCCAAAUAUGAAUGGAGUUGACGAAUCAGAGGACAACAACAACGAGAGUGACUCGGACAACGACAGGUUGACAGUUGCUCUCGAGGAGAGCCAGAGGCUCGAACCUCCAGAGGAUUCAGGUGAUAAAAGUCCAUUGAGAGAACCAGAGGCUGACAAUUCUGGGAUAGCUACCACCACUGAAACUCCAGAAAAUGACGAUGAAAAAUUCACCAGCCCUGAACAAUCCAGUGGAGAUAAUAUCCAACUGGCUGGUGAGGAUGUACCUCCAAUCGAUUUAAAUGUCAAUGGCCUCCUGGAGAGUGUGCAAGUGGUGGAGUUGUUGAAGGGCUGCAUCGAGGCUGCCAGUUCCACGUGCGUCUACUGCAAUCAUGCAAGACAUAUCGCUGUCAAUGGCAGGCAACUGGCCCUCCACAUGCUAGCAGAGCACAGAUUUCAGCCUCAGCAUCCAGCAAUAAUAAUUCAACCAGAGCAAUUCGUAAAUAGGAUGAAAAAAUCACUCGAUGAUCUCGACGGCCACUACCUCAAUGCUGACAGCUACGACAGCCAAAUUGGCACUUACAAUGUACCCACAAUUCGCACGUACGAGUGCUUCAAUUGUCGUGUUGUCUCUCAUAUCCACAAGGACCUCUACCUCCACAAUCGCAAGAUGCAUCAGAAGGCAAUACUCAUAUGUAUCAUGUGUAAAUCAACAUUUUACAAUUACAGUGAGUUACUGUGUCACCUGUGCCCGGGAAUUUACUCAACAACCGAGACAGAUAUGUCCACCCAAUCCCUGACAUCCUCAAUAGCAAAUCCAAGUAUUAAGUAUCGAUGCUGUAUAUGCACGACAGAUCCUCUCCCAUCGGCAUUCAGACUGAUGGUACAUUUGAGAAAACGUCAUCACGCCUGUGAUGUUUGUCUGGAGCUCAAUGGAAAUCAGCAGAAAUUAUCGAAUCACGUGUGGAAGCACAAGCUCCAGCAUCUCUGCUACAGGUGUGGCAUUGCUUACAGAAAUAAACCAGAUAUCACGAAGCACUUGUUCUGGAAGCAUGGGACUGAGAGUGUUCUCUGCAAGAAGUGCCUCCAGAAGAAGUGGCCACACAUCUAUCACUUUUGCAUUCCACCCAGUGCUUUUGUAUGUGAAGAAUGCAAUUUGAGUUUCUCCAGGGCUGUUGCUUUGAAGGUUCACAAGAGGCUGCACUCCAAGGAGGAGCCGUACGGUUGUGAGGACUGCAAGGAGAGGUUUAUCUCCAGAAAGUUGUUGGCGAGGCACGAGGUGGAGGUACACAGGCCACCAGAGCCACAAGAAAAUUUACAGAGCCAGGGUAAUGAUUGUGGAGGUAAUGGGGAGCCGAAUGGAAUGGAGGAAUCACCAGAGAAUCUUCAGAAGCCUAUCGAGGGAUCAGGAGACGAGAUUCAGGCAUUAGCUGGACAGAGUCAUGCUCCAGGUGUCAGUCCAACAGGGGUAUCAGAGAGUCAGGUCGAGCCUCAGAAGGCCAUUGAGAGUGUUCGAAAGGUCGUGGAUGUUUACGAUCUUCCACCCCUCAAUUUAUCAUCAGACAGUGAUUCUGAUGAUGAGGAUAACGCAAAAUCGUCUGUGGGGAAGACUGAGGAUGAAAAAGAGGAGAGGAAGGAGGAGAUGGAUGAGAAAGAUUCACCUGGGGAUCAGAGUGAUUUUAAACAUGGGGAAAAUGAGGAACCCGCUCCUGUUGAUGAUCCAGUGUCUGUCAACACUGGAUCAGAGCCGAUCGAUGAACAUCAGGAGCAACAGGUGGACAUAAUGAAUGGUAUCUGGGAUAAUUUCAAGUCCUAUGCCACGACAACAGAGACCAAUCUCGAGGAAUUAGCUAAGAGUGAGGAGAAGAUUAUCGAGGCGAAGCAGAGAGAACUCCUGGGGAUAAUAACGGCUGAUCACGAUUACUGUGUUGUCUAUGGGGAUUCGAAAAUGGAGGAGGAGCCGGAGGUAACGGAUAAUUCAGCGAAACCAGUGGAUCUAGGGGAGAAUGGAGUGAAUUUAACUGAAGGUGUCAAUGAAAAUGAUCAGGCAUUUCUCACUGAAGUAACUAUCAACGAAGUCAAUGAGGUAUCGAUACCAGUGGUCGAGAGUGAAGUCGAGAGCAAGGAUAAAUCCCCGAAGAAAAAAACAAACACCAACUCGUCGUCGAGUGAUUCAUCGAGUGACUCAGACUCGAGCAGUUGUUCAUGCGGUACCAAUUGCAGCUGCAGCAGUUCCUCAUCGGACUCAUCCUCAUCCUCGAGCAGUUCAUCGGACUCUGACAGCUCAGGGUCUGAAUCCUCACCCAAGAAACAGCCAGAGACACGAAAGAGGGAGAGAAAGAGGGGCAAGAGCCAGCAUAAACGCACAAAAGAGAGUGUUGAGAAGGAAGAGAUUGUCAACGAGGUGAAUCCAAUCGAGGAGAUGAUAAAUGUUCACACGAUUGAAGAGCCAGUGGAUGUUCAGGAGCAGUCGGAAGCCCCAGGUUAUCCAGUGGCUGUUCCACCUGUGGAUAAACCAAAUGUGAUGAGGGAAUCAGAUCUGGAGACAGAUGAGACUGAAACAGACGAGGAUUUUUACGACGAGCAUCCACAGGAGUUGGCGAAUAAAUUACUGGCUGAGAAGAGAAAUCAACUGAUGCUUCUGGCAAGUGUUGCUACACCAGAGUCAUCAGCAUCAACGACCCUGAGAAAUGGAAGCCUUGACGACGCUCUGGACCUUCAGAGUCAGACGAGUGGCAAAAAGAAGAUCAAAGUGAAGAAGAGGAAGAAAACAGAGAGCAGGAGAGGUGCGAGGGGUGCGAGAGGCGCACGAGGUACAAGGGGAAGACGACAGAAAUAUCCAGGUGUAACAGCUGGUGAACCUCCCAUUAAGAUAAACAUUCCAAAGCCAAUGAAUCGUCAGAAACAUUCGAAAAUACGUCUCUCGUCUAUGGUACCGCCGGUUAAUCCAGUACAAUCGGAAUAUUCCGUGAAUAAUUCAACGGGACCGAGUCAGGCAUCUGGCUACUCAGGUGCAUCGGGUGCAUCUGGAACUGAAACACCUGGCAGCGAGAGCAAGAGAUCAUCGAAGAGAAAGCGUAUCCCAAAAAAAUUCUAUGGUGAUUCGAGUGAUGAUGAGCAGCACAAUCAGUAUCCAAAGUGGAGGAGAAUAGAUAGCAAUUCUGGUGUGAUGCAGGGGACUCAGGGACAUCAGUAUGUGCCAACAAUAACGAUCAAGCAAAAUUUUGGCCCACCACUUCAAUCAAAAUGGUAUAAUGCUGAACAGCAGGCAAAUUUAGUGGUUUAUAACAAUGAAUCAGCACCCAGUACACUUGGUGCAUCUGUCACAGAUACUGAAGGGGGUGUCGACACCAGUAGCGAUUCCAGUGGAUCUGAGGGUGAACCGGAGAUUGUCCAAUCAUCCAAUGAUGGUGGCAACGUCAAGGGAGAGGAGAAUAUCACGAUACCUGGACCAGCUGUUGGUGAUAAAAAGCAUCUUUACUGCUACUGUCAGUGUCCCUAUGACGAAGUCUCGGAAAUGAUUGCCUGUGAUGGUGAUCAUUGUAAAAUUGAGUGGUUUCACUUUGAGUGCGUUGGUAUUAUGGUACCACCUAAGGGCAAGUGGUACUGCCCUGAAUGUCGUAAGGAGGAUCCUACACUUAAAAAUGACGAUUUCAUUGACUGAUGUUUAACCAUCGUUUAAGUAAAUUUAAUAAUCCACCAUUUUUUUUUCCUCGUUGAUCCACGUUUUGUUUCACUAUUCAUGAUGAUUCACCAAUGCGCGUAUUUUUUUUUUUUUUUUUUCUCUUAGUUGAACAAAUUUCAUUUGAACGAUUCCAUUUUUUCAUCGUACUAAAUAUACAUAUGUAUAUCUCUCAAAUCAGAAUAUUUGUAUAUACGUGUAAAUAUUAAUGAUUGUAGAAUUUACUAUGCCAAGAUUUGAGACGAGUUUUUAGUUUUAUUCUCAUGUAUAAAAGAAAAUAUGAAUAACGAAAUGAAAGAAAUGGAUAGAAAAAUGCUUUUUCGUUUGUACUUGUUCUUAUUUUUUCUUGGAAAUUGUAUUAACAUUGACCCUCGAUUGAACUUGCAUUUAUAUAUUUUAGAUCACUCGAUAUUUCUCUUUUUGUUUUUUUUUUUCCAUUGGCACUGUGUUACAUACUAUCUACACUGCUGGCAGUGUUAUCAUUUCUCUCAUUAACUCAAUUUCGUACUCCAGCACAAUUUCACGUUUAUUCUUAUCACUCGAUUUUUAUUUCGUGAAUGGAAUAAAAUUGUGACAUCAAUUCGUCGGUAAUUUGAAGGAUCCUAGUACCUAUUUAAAUUUUAAACAAUUAUAAACAGUAAAAUUUAUAAUGACAUUAGGUUUUAUUAUCCUCGAAUUUGUAAUAAAGGUGUAAGAUACAGUAAUACAGAAAGUAAAAAAAUUUCUCAUACAAGAGGGUGACAUAUAUUCCUGAUAUCAGAAAUUUUUUCACCCCUCCAAAGGUUUCUUUUACAUUUUUCUCCUAUCGAACUCACAAUUGUACAUUUCUAGAGACGCAAUACAUAUAAAAAAUAUAUAAUAGCAAGCCUGUGAAAAUUCUACAAAAA